UAAAACAACACCAGAACCUACCACAUCAUCUACCCCUACACCGACGAUUACUACAAAAUCUACAACAUCAACAAAAUCUACAGCAUCAUCUACCCCUACACUAACAACUACCACAAAGUCUACUAAAACAACACCAGAACCUACCACAUCAACACCACAACCUCCCACAUCAUCUACCCCUAUAACGAUAACAACUGAAAUAAUACAUACUGAAGUAACAUUAAGUGCAGUGUCUCAGCCUCAAAUAACCAAAACACCAAAUCCUACCACAUCAACACCAGAAACUACCACACCAUCUAACCCUACACCGAUGACUACUACAAAAUCUACAACACAUACAAAACCUACAGCAUCAUCUACCCCUACACCAACAACUUCCACAAAGUCUACUAAAACACCUGAAACUGUCACAUCAUCUACCCCUACACCAACAACUACCACAAAGUCUACUAAAACAACACCAGAACCUACCACAUCAUCUACCCCUACACUGAUGACUACUACAGAAUCUACAACACCAACAAAACCUACAGCAUCAUCUACCCCUACACCAACAACUUCCACAACGUCUAAUAAAACAACACCAGAAACUAUCACAUCAUCUACUCUUACACCGACUUCUACAACAAAAUCUACUAAAACAACACCAGAACCUACCACAUCUUCUACCCCUACACUGAUGACUACUACAAAUCUACAACACCUACAAAACCUACAGCAUCAUCUACCCCUACACCAACAACUUCCACACAGUCUACUAAACCAACACCAGAAACUAUCACAUCAUCUACUCCUACACCGACAUUUACCACAAAGUCUACUAAAACAACACCAGAAACUACCAUAUCAUCUACUCCACCGACAACUACCACAAAGUCUACUAAAACAACACCAGAACCUACCACAUCAUCUACUCCUACAUCAACAACUUUCACAAAGUCUACUAAACUAACACCAGAAACUAUCACAUCAUCUACUCCUACACCGACAUUACCACAAAGUCUACUAAAACAACACCAGAACCUACCACAUCAUCUACCCCUACACCAACAACUACCACAAAGUCUACUAAAACAACACCAGAACCUACCACAUCAUCUACUCCUACAUCAACAACUUUCACAAAGUCUACUAAACUAACACCAGAAACUAUCACAUCAUCUACUCCUACACCGACAUUUACCACAAAGUCUACUAAAACAACACCAGAACCUACCACAUCAUCUACUCCUACAUCAACAACUUUCACAAAGUCUACUAAACUAACACCAGAAACUAUCACAUCAUCUACUCUUACACCGCCUUAUACCACAAAGUCUACUAAAACAACACCAGAAUCUACCACAUCAUCUACCCCUACACUGAUGACUACUACAGAAUCUACAACACCAACAAAACCUACAGCAUCAUCUACCCCUACACUAACUACCACAAAGUCUACUAAAACAACACCAGAAACUACCACAUCAUCUACCCCUACAUCAACAACUAGCACGUCUACUAAAACAACUCCAGAACAUACCACAUCAUCUACUCCUACACCGACAACUACCACAAAGUCUACUAAAACACCAGAACCUACAGCAUCAUCUACCCCUACACCUACAACUACCACAAAAUCUACUAAAACAACACCAGAACCUACCACAUCAUCUACCCCUACACCGACGAUUACUACAAAAUCUACAACACCAACAAAACCUACACAAUCAUCUACCCCUACACUAACAACUACCACAAAGUCUACUAAAACAACACCAGAACCUACCACAUCAUCUACUCCUACACCAACAACUACCACAAAGUCUACUAAAACAACACCAGAAUCUACCACAUCAUCUUCUCAUACACCAACAAUUACCACAAAGUCUACUAAAACAACACCAGAACCUACCACAUCAUCUACUCCUACACAAACAGCAUCCACAAAGUCUACUAAAACAACUCCUGAACAUACCACAUCAUCUACUCCUACACUGAUGACUACUACAAAAUCUACAACACCUACAAAACCUACAGCAUCAUCUACCCCUACACCAACAACUUCCACAAUGUCUAAUAAAACGACACCAGAAACUAUCACAUCAUCUACUCUUACACCGACUUCUACCACAAAAUCUACUAAAACAACACCAGAACCUACCACAUCUUCUACCCCUACACUGAUGACUACUACAAAAUCUACAACACCUACAAAACUUACAGCAUCAUCUACCCCUACACCAACAACUUCCACACAGUCUACUAAACCAACACCAGAAACUACCACAUCAUCUACCCCUACAUCAACAACUAGCACAAAGUCUACUAAAACAACUCCAGAACAUACCACAUCAUCUACUCCUACACCGACAACUACCACAAAGUCUACUAAAACACCAGAACCUACAGCAUCAUCUACCCCUACACCUACAACUACCACAAAAUAUACUAAAACAACACCAGAACCUACCACAUCAUCUACCCCUAUACCGACGAUUACUACAAAAUCUACAACAUCAACAAAAUCUACAGCAUCAUCUACCCCUACACUAACAACUACCACAAAGUCUACUAAAACAACACCAGAACCUACCACAUCAACACCACAACCUACCACAUCAUCUACCCCUAUAACGAUAACAACUGAAAUAAUACAUACUGAAGUAACAUUAAGUGCAGUGUCUCAGCCUCAAAUAACCAAAACACCAAAUCCUACCACAUCAACACCAGAACCUACCACAUCAUCUAACCCUACACCGAUGACUACUACAAAAUCUACAACACCUACAAAACCUACAGCAUCAUCUACCCCUACACCAACAACUACCACAAAGUCUACUAAAACAACACCAGAACAUACCACAUCAUCUACCCCUACACUGAUGACUACUACAAAAUCUACAACACCAACAAAACCUACAGCAUCAUCUACCCCUACACCAACAACUUCCACAACGUCUAAUAAAACAACACCAGAAACUAUCACAUCAUCUACUCUUACACCGACUUCUACCACAAAAUCUACUAAAACAACACCAGAACCUACCACAUCUUCUACCCCUACACUGAUGACUACUACAAAAUCUACAACACCUACAAAACCUACAGCAUCAUCUACCCCUACACCAACAACUUCCACACAGUCUACUAAACCAACACCAGAAACUACCACAUCAUCUACCCCUACAUCAACAACUAGCACAAAGUCUACUAAAACAACUCCAGAACAUACCACAUCAUCUACUCCUACACCGACAACUACCACAAAGUCUACUAAAACACCAGAACCUACAGCAUCAUCUACCCCUACACCUACAACUACCACAAAAUAUACUAAAACAACACCAGAACCUACCACAUCAUCUACCCCUAUACCGACGAUUACUACAAAAUCUACAACAUCAACAAAAUCUACAGCAUCAUCUACCCCUACACUAACAACUACCACAAAGUCUACUAAAACAACACCAGAACCUACCACAUCAACACCACAACCUACCACAUCAUCUACCCCUAUAACGAUAACAACUGAAAUAAUACAUACUGAAGUAACAUUAAGUGCAGUGUCUCAGCCUCAAAUAACCAAAACACCAAAUCCUACCACAUCAACACCAGAACCUACCACAUCAUCUAACCCUACACCGAUGACUACUACAAAAUCUACAACACCUACAAAACCUACAGCAUCAUCUACCCCUACACCAACAACUACCACAAAGUCUACUAAAACAACACCAGAACCUACCACAUCAUCUACCCCUACACUGAUGACUACUACAAAAUCUACAACACCAACAAAACCUACAGCAUCAUCUACCCCUACACCAACAACUUCCACAACGUCUAAUAAAACAACACCAGAAACUAUCACAUCAUCUACUCUUACACCGACUUCUACCACAAAAUCUACUAAAACAACACCAGAACCUACCACAUCUUCUACCCCUACACUGAUGACUACUACAAAAUCUACAACACCUACAAAACCUACAGCAUCAUCUACCCCUACACCAACAACUUCCACAAAGUCUACUAAACCAACAUCAGAAACUAUCACAUCAUCUACUCCUACACCGACAUUUACCACAAAGUCUACUAAAACAACACCAGAACCUACCACAUCAUCUACCCCUACACCAACAACUUCCACAAAGUCUACUAAACCAACACCAGAAACUAUCACAUCAUCUGCUCCUACACCGACAUUUACCACAAAGUCUACUAAAACAACACCAGAACCUACCACAUCAUCUACACCUACACUGAUGACAACUACAAAAUCUACAACACCUACAAAACCUACAGCAUCAUCUACCCCUACACCAACAACUUCCACAAAGUCUACUAAACCAACAUCAGAAACUAUCACAUCAUCUACUCCUACACCGACAUUUACCACAAAGUCUACUAAAACAACACCAGAACCUACCACAUCAUCUACCCCUACACCAACAACUUCCACAAAGUCUACUAAACCAACACCAGAAACUAUCACAUCAUCUUCUCCUACACCGACAUUUACCACAAAGUCUACUAAAACAACACCAGAACCUACCACAUCAUCUACACCUACACUGAUGACAACUACAAAAUCUACAACACCAACAAAACCUACAGCAUCAUCUACCCCUACACCAACAACUACCACAAAGUCUACUAAAACAACACCAGAACCUACCACAUCAUCUACCCCUACACUGAUGACUACUACAAAAUCUACAACACAACAAAACCUACAGCAUCAUCUACCCCUACACCAACAACUUCCACAACGUCUAAUAAAACAACACCAGAAACUAUCACAUCAUCUACUCUUACACCGACUUCUACCACAAAAUCUACUAAAACAACACCAGAACCUACCACAUCUUCUACCCCUACACUGA